CUCCCCCGGAAAUACAUCCGGGUCGUUUUAGACUCUUCAAUACCUCUAGUUUACAGGGAAUGUAAGUACAUAACGCUUUUAAAUGUGGUGUGUUUAUUCCACAAAAAUACUCCCAACACACACUUUUAAAUAAUAAUACAACCACCCAAACGGAAUAUGGACAACGGCAUCUCAAAGAAAUUGCAACCCAGGGAGCUGCCGCCUCUACCGCAGCGAGGACAAAGGGCUCUUCCCACUGUGCCAAGUGAGGACAUGGCUGAUGUGCCGAAACAGAAGAAGAAGAGAGUGAAAAAGGAAGUCACCGAAGCAGACGACACAGAUGAGCAGGCAAUGCAGAUGGAAGGCCUUGGCAGCAGGAGGACUUCUGCAGUUGAAGAAAAUGUGUCCCUGGAAACAACUACCGAUGCUCCUCCUCAAAGGAAGAAGAAGAAGAAGAAGGUCUCGUCUUUAGAUCUUGAAGAUGACCAAACUGACCUGAUGAAUGGAGAUGCAGCAGAUCAGACCAAGAAGAAGAAAAAGAAGACAAAAGUUGUGGAAUCGUCAUUUCCUGACGGACUGGAUGUGGAGGAAGAUGAUGUUGUCACAGACACGGCCUCUCCUAUACCACAACAAUCCCUAUUCUCCGCCCCACAAGGACAGAGCCAGCCUGUCGGGAAGGUCUUUGUAGAGCGCAACAAGCGCUUCCAGGCAGCAGAGCGCUCAGAUUGGAGGAAGACCAGCGACCAGAUGGAGAACAUCAACGACUUCCAGCUGAUGCAGCACCGCUGGACCACCAGAGAUGUUUCUAUCAGGGUGCACGAGGGGUUCAGGUGCCACCAAAGUGCAUCGGACGGUUUUCAUUUUUUAAUUGUGACCACAACAUUCUUUUGUCUCCGAUUCAGGUUUUUCGCUCUAUACUGUCACGGCUUCCUCGCAGGGUUUGCGGUGUGGAACAUCGUGGUGGUGUACGUGUUGGCAGGCCAGCACCUCACUGCUCUCUACAACCUGCUGGAGCAGUACCACUACUUGGCUUACCCUGCCCAGUCUCUGCUCUACAUGCUGCUGGCCAUCAGCACGGUGGCUGCUUUUGACAGAGUCAACCUGGCCAGGGUUUCCAUGGCAAUGCAGGAGCUGAUCACACUGGACCCGGUGGCUAUCGCCUCAUUCUUGUAUUUCGCUGCGUUGGUGCUCUCUCUCAGCCAGCAGACGACCAGCGACCGCAUCAACCUCUACCACACCUCCAACUCCACACUCUGGCCAGAAGGGUCGCAGCACCAAAUACUCCACACUUGGGUGACGGUCAACCUGGUGGUGGCGCUGCUGGUGGGCGUGGCCUGGAUCUUCAUCACUGUCCGACCUGAGACGGACUAUACCGAAAGUUAUCUGGUUGCCAUGCAAAUUGAACCCCCAAAGACAGACGACAAGUCAGAACUGAGCACCUAAAGAUUGUCAUUUUGCACACACACAAUGUUGUUUUUUGCACUCGUGAUGUAAUGUAAUUGUGUUUUGUCUUUUUAAUAUUAGGGUCGAUUCAAACUUUUGCAUGAAAUAUUUACGCAUGUAUAUACUGAUACAGCAUAUGAUAUACUGUAUUAGUUCAUACACAAGCGUGUCAUAACUACACUGUAGACUGCAAAUGAGCCACACAUUGAUUAUACAUGACAGUAUAAUGCAGUCCCAAAUAAAAUUGCUACAAAAGCAAAUUAUGAACUAUAAACAAAACAAUCCGAUUGUGGGUGUUACAUGUACAAAAGCAGUGAAGUUGUCGCGUUGUGUAAAUGGUAAAUAAAAAAAGAAUACAACAAAUCCUUUUCAAC